UCGUCAGCAACACUGCAACAGCUGAUUGUCCAUGGCCGCACACAAGGACGCUCAAUACUCAAAAGCAAGAAACUAUAAUAACAAGAGCACAUCGAUAUAUUGAGUCUAUUAAAAUAUUGGCAAAACAAGGACAUAUUUCACACUGCAGGUUGCGGCGUAUAGGCAGGAAGUUGGCACAGUGGAUGCAAGGUUGUACUCUGAGCCAGCUGGCGAGUCGUUCUCGAACACUUUGUGGUGGGAAGAAGUUCUGUCUCGUCUGAGCUACUCCAUCGCGUGGAUUCCGGUGGGCAGCUAACAAUAUACGUAACUCUACGGACACUGUGACAUAUCAGUAUAGGCCCGAUACCGGAUAAAAGUGCGCUCCAAGAUAAUCUCCUAAAUCAACUGAUUACACAACUCGAAGGGAAACUUUGAUCGCAGUUCACGUCAGAUUACCCAACAGCGCUGGUGAUCACGGACUCAGUGCUCCAAUCUAUUCUUGAACUUUCAAGAGCUGUAAAAAGUAUACUGCCCCACCUGUUGUAAACAGGUGAAAUUCUCAACUACGACAGGAACCAUUCAGUCAUCCUGCAAGUUCUGACACGUCGAUAGCAAAAAGAUACUACUGACGUUUACUUUGACACAAGAACCAAGGCAGUACUGACUCGGACAUCGCAUAACUCAAUGGCUAACGUCAAGGAACAGCUUGCUGGUGUACGGGAGGUGGUACCCCACCGAAAGAAGGAAGACAUUUUGCUUGUUCUGCAACACUUUGAUAACGAUGUGCCUAAGACCAUCCAAGCGUUUAUGGAAGACAGAGCAGAAGAAAUCCUCAAGGAAUGGAAUAUACCCAACAAACGCAAGACUAACAAUAACAAGAAUAAGAAGAAGCGUAGCAAGCAGCAGCAGUCGGCAAACCAGGAAGACGGCCUACCCAUAGCCAAUGGUCUACAGGAAGAACACAUUCCUAAUAAUAACAACAUAGAUAAACCCAUUGAAGCUGGAAGUACUCAGCAAACCAAGCCCAUUGGUGCAGUAGCCAACGAUGCCAAACCAGCACCAGCGCAACGCCAAAGUGCCCCCAAGCCUGUUGAUAGCCCGAAACCACAGCGCAAUCCCCAGCAGACCAAUAGCGACCGGAAGCCCGCCCCCACCCAGUCAAAACCCAAAGAGAACCCAGCGGGCGCCACGCAAAAGAAACCUCAGGAACCCAGGCAGCGCCCGGCGCACGCCCAGUCCCAACAGGGGCAACAUCCAUCGGAAGCAACCCAAGCCAGAUCCGGCCAGCAACACAGUCACAAACAGGCCUCGGGACCGGCACCCGACAGAAGGACAGGCAAGGAUGGCUCGGGUCAGAGGUCGGGUCAGGGUCAAAGUUCAGAGGGUGUUGGAAAGAGGGAGAGGAAUAUUAGCGAGUCUAGCUCAGUGACCGAUCCGUCCAGAUCCAAAAAGACAGGUUCCUCAUUGGACAAGUCAUCAAAGGAUCUACAGAGAACAGUGGUGUCACUGACACGACACAAGAACCUGCUGGCGGAAGAGAUAGAGAAAGCUGAGAAAAGACUGAAGAAAUCAUUUGAUGAUGCCAGGACAAGUUUGGGAUCACGAGAGGAGGAACUGAUGAGACAGAUUCAAGAAGUCAAGCGACAAGCCACCUCACUUCUUGAUGAUCGGCAGCAUCGGGCCUUUGAGCUGAAGCAAGAAAUCAGCAGAGCUGUUAGCAAGACGGACACUGAUCUCCUGGAACUCAGAGCAGAUAUCAAGCACUUUGUCUCGGAGAGAAAAAUUGACGAGGAGAUUGGGCGAUCAUCUCGCUUCACAGGCAAUCCAGACCUGCUACAGGAGGCCGUCAAGAACUUUGGUGAGGUCCUACCCGUCAAGAGCGUGUACUCUGCUCGUCGUCACUCCCUGACGUCCCUGACUAGUAUGGACAGUCUGAGCCGGCCCACCUCCAUCAGCGACGAUCACGGUGGCUUGCUGAGCCGAUCCGCCUCCACGGUGGACACCCCAGCCACGCCUACCUCCCCGACCACCCCUGACGCUGAUAUGGACUCUGAGGUGGCCAAGAUGGCCGCCAAGAUGCAGCGAUCGCUGCAGGGCCAGAGAGGCAGAGGUCCGAGGAACCCACGCCAAGGCAGCGACAGACAGGGUCAGCAGGGUAGCAAUCCAAGACAGGGUCAGUCUCAGUCGGCCAAAGAGGGCAGCAGACAGGACCAGCGGGGGAACCGAGGCCGGCAGGACGGACCCAACAAACACAGUCCUCGCAGCGCCGACGAUAAAUCGCAUCACGAAGCAUCGCAAGAAGGGCGCAGGAACGACCGCCCCCGGAACGACAGGCCACGCAACGACAGACCACGCAACGACAGACAGCGUUACGACAGAGGCGAAGGCGGGCGGGGGAAGGACAGGGAGGAACCCCGUAAUAAGGACAGAAUCAUCCGCAGACGCGAGCAGUACAGAUGGCGACACGACCAAGGGGAGGUGAAACCAGAGGGCGGGGUAGAUAAGGAUACCAAAAAUGAGUCCGGCGCCGUGCCCCGCCCUGACAGCAUUCAAAUCUCGCAGAACGGGCCAGUAAAUUCCAACAAGAAGUUAGAGGGCGCUGUCAACGGCGACCUUCCAAUGGCUAACGGCAAUUCACACGACAGCAAAGCAGACUCGCCAAAGCUGAAAGAACAGCCACAGGGGAAGUCAGGAGACCAGACCAAGGCAGACCUCAACGGCCCAUUGGUCAACGGCAACGCAAGCAGCAGUGCGGAGACCACACCCACUGAGGCGCUACCCCAGCGCAAACCUCGAGAGGAGCGCAACCGGAAGAGAGUCGAAGAAGUAGUGAGAGAAGUGGUGAAGGAAGUGACGGCCAUGAACGGCAUGACAAAUGGACAGGUGUCCCCAAUCAUGGUCAACGGCGAGAGCUAGGAAAAAAAAAACAACGCCCAAACAAACCAAUUGUAUCGUUUGUACGGUGUCCAAGAAUCUCAACAGUAUUGAGUUUGAACUGAUUGUCACAAAGGCACAAAAUGCCGGCUAAAGAGGACAAACAACACUGCUGGUUGCUAGUUACACAAUUCCAGACAUAACUGCCAAGGCAUAUUUUAUGUCUGAAUUGGACAAAAAGACUGUAAGGAGGAAGAUCUGCAACAGACUCAAAGUGAUAUCUAUCGGUCAUCUACUUAAACGUGGAGCCUUUUACAUCUUGAAAGUUCAAGUAUUGCGGUAUGUGUAGUAUACCGGCCGAUUGACUUAACGUAUAAAAUUGCAUGCAUUUCAGCUCUGGGCUCGUGGUAUUGUUGGUUUCAUUACUUUAACCUUGUAUCACAUUGAAUGCUGCGAAUAUUUUGUUGAUUUCUUUAAAAAAAAAAAUUAAAUAUAUAUUCAUCAUUAAAACGUGUACAAAAACUGAAAGUUGUGUGUGCUGCCUAUGAUUAUAGCUAGAGUAAUUGUUAUUAGGGCCAAUAUAUAAAAUUGAAACUUUUCAAAAUGGUCGUUAUUAUUUUUGUUGAUAUUUACAGAUUUAUUAGGUAUUGAUUUAUUGUAGAGGCUGUUCAGUGUAUUGUAUCAAUGGUUGCUUUAGUUCGCUCAAAUGCAUUCAAAAAGACAGAAAUAGAAGCUUUGACUAUCAUCUUUGAAAUGUUGUGGGUGCAAGAUUUUUCUUUUAAAGCCGAGAGAUUUAUAAACAUCAACUACAUAUUAAUGCUUGGACUCACUAUGCUAGAUGUAUGAUAUUAUUCGUGGAAAAUUUAUUUAAAUAUUCAGAAAUAGGUGAAAGAUGGGUGUCAGUUUUAAUUAUGGAUGCUUUACCUCAUGACGGGAUCAUUUGUUGCUCAUUUGUACAUUUGAAAUGAUACAUUUUAUUUUUGUUUUAUAAAUGGUGAACCAUUUGUCUGUGGUAAGUGGAGGACACAGAAAACUUGCAUGGGGAUGGGUCAGCAUGUGGUUGUCAACUCCUCUUUUGUCUCUGUAAAGUUUGAUUAUUUUUUUCAAUCGACUUUGGCAGCCUUCAUUAUGAGUCAUGUCUUACAAAUAUAGACAUCUUUGUGCCAAAAGAAGGAAAAAAUAAAAAAAAUAAAAGUUAUCCUACUUGAGAUAAUUUCAUCUAGAAUUUACUCAGUUUUAAAAAAAAAAUGGAAAUAAUGUAAUCCCACUUUGGGAUUAUCCAGUAUCAAUAACAUCAUGGUAAUAUCACUUUGUAAAAACUCCCCCACAGGGAUCUCACAUUACUUAAAUCCAUCUCAUUCAUCCACAUAGGUUUCAUUUGAGCCAUGUUGUGUAUCUGGGAUUAUGAUUGACUACCUCAAUUAAAAAAAAAAAGAUUAAACAUGUCACUCUUUUUUGUCCUUGUCAUUUCCACCUCAUUGUUCUUCACAUCAGUUUUGUUCGGUAGCUGUUGCAGUGUGGCAAGAUUAUAAUGUUUACGUUUUUGAGAUUCAUGAUAAUUGUUUUCUUUGUAAAAAAAAAUUAAGUAAAUAAGCUGUGCGGCUGCUGUAAGAUACCUUUUUUUCCCCUGAGCCUCAAAAGAUAAGCUUCUUGUAUUCUGAACAUCACAUAAAUACACAUGCCAAAUCAACUUUAUGUUGUUUAUUUAGAAAAUAACCAAAUCUGUGGUCUUUUUUAACUUCUUGCGUUUGUCGAGGUGACCACCAGAUUCCAAAUAUAAGCAAGCAAUAUCAGAAAUAGAUUUUGACUAGUUUUCGUCUUGCGAGCCCACUGUGUACGUUAUCAAUGGAGCUCGGACACUGUGGGCGUGAUGGUUUUGUAACUAACCGAGGAGCUUGCUAUUGUUGAAUGAAUGUUUACUGCUUUCUUAAUGUGGUCUGUAGACGCAGUGGAAGGCUACAAAUUGAUCAAUAGGCAUGAUAGCAAGCAUUGGUACAUUACUAGCAGUACUUAAUUCAGUUUUUGUGUUUCAAGUUGAACAAAUGUUUUUAUAUUUUCAAAAUUAAAAAAAAAUCACUAUUUUUUGUUUUACAAUUUGCUUUGUUGUCAAUUUGCUGAUAAUACAAUCAGAUAUGUUGCAAAGGUAGGGACCACUAUAUUUGCUUUAGAUGUCAAAUGUAAUUAGACACGGAAACAUUCCUGCUGUAACUUGUCUAAGGAAUUGUAGUUUUGUUUUAAUCAAAGCAUUAGUUAAAAAAAAAAGAUCACUUGUAUUUUUCUAUCAGACGGGAUCAGCUAACUCUUAAAAAGUAAACAGUAUUGAUAUUAGUGUCCAACUUUGAUAUUGUUUCGUUUAGGCACUUCUUCUUCAUUCAUUAAAUAGUUUUUGUGACAUAAAUGUUGCAGCCUUUAUUGAAAAAGGAGGAUACUAUUUUCUGCCAGAAGAUUGUUAUAUUUGAUGUUUAACGUUGAUGAGUUUAAGAUAAGUGCGAAGAAAAAGUGCCAUGGUUCCUUUUUCUUUUUUUUCUUUUCUUUUUGGGGAAAGUAUUAUUAACUUGUUUUGUUAUGGUUAACAAAAAAAGAUUAAUGGUUUUUUUAGCGAGUUGGCUCAUAGUGCUUUAAUUUUAAAUAAAAUGAAACCAAUUGUUUGAGGAAACUUCCUCAAAUCGGGGGAAAAUUAGACAUCACAGGGAACCAGGAGAGAAAAUGAGUCUUGUAGUAUAGGGGGAGUGGGUUGGGAACCACUUUGGAUUUAAUUUUGUGCUGGAUGUUUUGUGUAUCUGUGUAUUCUAUGCUGUUGGCGGUAAAAGUUUUGCAUUGUUGUCCCAAGUGGAAUUUUGUUUUCCUCCUUGUAUUGAACGCAGAGAAGAGGAAACAUUAGUGUAUUUCUGUCAGUUUUUGUGAAAGAUAAACAAAUGCAAGUCUUUUUUAGAAGAGUAUUAGUGUGUAAAACAGAUCACUAUAAUUGGCAAAGAAAACGAAUGUGCUGUGUUCGGGAAAAUGCAAAAUGUUCAAUUGUUCAUGUGUAAAAAAAAAAAAAAAAAAAAAAAAAGAGUAACUGCCUUUUCACCUGAAGGUGAUCAUAAAUAUUUCAUCUAUUUUUGUGAUCAGAUAACUCUGUAUAUUGAAUUAUAAAUAUGUAUAAAAAAAACCUGUAGAAUCUCAACGAAAACAAAUGUUCAUAAUGUGUGAUGUUGGUCAAAGGCGGCAAAAAUAAUGCCUUCUUUUCUACAAACUUUUCUUACUUAUAGACUGUACUUAAAAAAACCACAAAAUUUCUGAAUGUGAUUUUCUACGCUUUUUCUUACACACUGUACCUUGCAUUGGAUAACCUUUGACCUUUUCAGAAAAUUAUGAAUUACUUGUACAUGCGGCAAAAACAACCAUUGUAAAUACAAAGCCAUAAGUAAAUUAAGUAAAAUACAAAAAAAAAAAUAUUAAAAUAAGCAAUAGUUCCCAAGUUUAAACUUUUAAACACCAGAUAUACAAAUGUGUAGAGUUAACUAGUGUUUUGACUGCAUGAUGGCUUAUUUCAGGGACCUUGCGUUAAUGACCCUCUUGUUUGUUGACUGUUCCUUUGGACGAGUGCCUUAAUUAAGACAUCUGAAUCCCUUGCGUUUGCCAAAUUGGUAGAAUUACUUGACAACUCUUGAAGACGAAAUAUCCUAUUAGUAGACUUAUAUUUGGAUUGCGUUUUUGUGAGCGUUGUUCUCAUGACACUGAUAUUCCCCCUUUUGUUGUAAGGCAUUUGUAAUUCUUGGAAGGAGCUUGUUUUGAGUCCAAUUAAAUCCGUUCACUAAUGAGAAACAUUA